GAGGCGGCAGCGCUCAGUCGUAGAACGUAGAAGAAGAAACCCGGAAGUGGAGCUGCUAACCCGUUACGGAUUACCUUCAGACCGACCUCGAGAGCCUCAGGAAGCUCCUCCUCCAACAUGGCUGACCCCUGGCAGAGCGCCAUGGACCACGCUGUCGCCGUGGCACGAAAAGCUGGAGAGGUGGUGUGUGACGCUCUGCGUGGCGACAGGGCAGUGAUGACGAAGAGCUCGGUGGUGGAUUUAGUGACGCAGACCGACCAGAAGGUGGAGCAGCUCAUCAUCCAGUCAGUGAAGGAAAAGUUCCCCACCCACAGGUUCAUAGGGGAGGAGUCAGUGGCUGCAGGUGAGCCCUGCGUCCUCUCUGACUCGCCCACCUGGAUCAUCGACCCCAUCGAUGGCACGACCAACUUUGUUCACGCGUUUCCUUUUGUUGCCAUUUCCAUCGGAUUCGCCAUCAACAAACAGGUGGAGUUUGGCGUUGUGUUCAGCUGUGUGGAGGACAAGAUGUUCACGGCGAGGCGUGGAAAGGGAGCAUUCUGUAACGGCGAGCCGCUGCAGGUGUCCCGGCAGGAAGCCGUGGAACAGGCGAUGGUGGCCACGGAGUUUGGAUCGGACCGAGACGCCGACGUCGUUGAUAAAAUCUUCCAAAGCCUCCGAAACAUCCUCUGCCUCCCCGUUCACGGGGUGCGCGGGGCGGGUUCCGCCGCCAUCAACAUGUGUCUGGUGGCGUCGGGCUGCGUGGAGGCGUACUACGAGAUCGGGAUCCACGUUUGGGACGUAGCUGCCGCGUCGUUGAUCGUGUCCGAGGCCGGCGGCGUGCUGAUGGACGUCGAAGGUGGCGACGUGGACCUGAUGUCCAGGAGGAUCCUCGCCGCUAACAGCAAAACAAUCACAGAGCGACUCGUCAAAGCGAUCGUCCCCUUCAGUCUGCCCAGAGACGACGCCACACCACCGAAGAAGAGCUGAACACACUGACAGGUGUGAGGAGGAGCACUCCUUCCUGUUUGGAAAGUUUAAAUAAAAGUUUUCUAUGAACGCC